AUGGCAUUAGAAAUAGAUAUAGAUAAUGUAAUAUCAAAGCUAAUAGAAGUUCGAGGCACAAGACCAGGCAAAAAUGUUAACUUGACAGAAAAUGAGAUAAAAAUAUUAUGCCUUUCCAGCAGAGAAAUUUUUCUUAACCAACCUAUAUUACUGGAGCUCGAGGCACCGAUAAAAAUAUGUGGAGACAUUCACGGCCAGUUUUAUGACUUGCUAAGGCUCUUCGAGUAUGGCGGCUUUCCGCCGGAUGCCAAUUAUUUGUUUUUGGGAGAUUACGUGGAUAGAGGUAAACAAAGCCUAGAAACCAUUUGCUUACUGCUAGCUUACAAAAUAAAAUAUCCUGAAAAUUUUUUUCUACUAAGAGGAAAUCACGAAUGUGCCUCGAUAAACAGAAUAUACGGAUUUUACGAUGAGUGUAAACGAAGAUACAGUGUAAAAUUAUGGAAAACAUUUAUCGAUUGCUUCAACUGUCUCCCCGUUGCGGCAAUAAUUGAUGAAAAAAUUUUUUGUAUGCAUGGCGGACUGUCGCCUGAAUUAAAUAAUAUGGAACAGAUUAGGAAGAUAACCAGGCCAACGGAUGUCCCCGACAAUGGCCUCCUGUGUGAUUUAUUAUGGUCCGACCCGGAAAAGGAAAUAAACGGGUGGGGAGAAAACGACCGAGGAGUUUCGUUCACGUUUGGCCAAGAUGUAGUUCACAAUUUUUUAAGAAAGCAUGAGUUGGACUUGAUAUGCAGAGCGCAUCAGGUGGUGGAAGACGGCUACGAGUUUUUCGCGAAAAGACAGCUAGUUACCUUGUUUUCUGCUCCCAACUAUUGCGGAGAAUUUGAUAAUGCCGGUGCCAUGAUGAGUGUCGACGAAACGUUGAUGUGUUCAUUUCAAAUUUUAAAGCCAGUCGAAAAAAAAAAGGCUGCUAACUGA